UUGAAUUCAGCUCGCUGAGCGACGCAUGACAUACUUCUGGAACGACAAGGUGUAUGGCCAGUUCUACGAUUCAACUCGAACUGAGCGCGGGCUGGUGAACAAGGUCACAACACCCGUCAGUGAUUGCUGGCAUCCAAGCAGUGCGGAGCUUGACAAGUUCCAGGGUUGUUUUGCUGCCUGGAGCGUGGGUAGAGGGGGGCUGAAGGAGAGUGAUUUCAGGCACUUUCUGUUGGAGCUGGACAUCAAACUGACGAUUGCCCAGGCCCGAUGUUUGUGGAAAGACCUGACUGAAGCAGGGGACGAGCAGCUGAGCUACGAACAGGCACUGCUCGCAUACUGCAAGGUGAGGGAGGCCCCGGUGGUUUUCAAAACCUCCAGAGGAGCUGCACCACCAGGGUGGUCUCUUGAGGAGAUCCCUUUAAAGGCCGCCAAGGAGUCGCAGUUUGGAUUGGACGAAGAGUUUCCAGAGAAGAGGACACGGCCUUGGCCCCGAAGUCUUGGCCCGGGUCUUCCUCUUCCGAAGGCAGCAGAUUUCCUGUCAGCAGAGGGUGUGCCCCACUGCCGGAUUGAAGAACUGUUGCAGAGAUAUCGAGAAGAUGGCGCCAUACCGCAGGCAAGCCUAUCCUCCUUGCUGGAGGAACUGCCAGGAGUUGAGAUGGAGACUACCUGAGUGCGGACGAAACCUGUGCCGCUGGUUCUUUGAAGGGCUGCUUGGACGUUGGUGCGCUGCGUGGAGGGUGAAACUACCCUCAGCCCCAGCCAUGAACCUUUGGCGUGGGUCGAAAAAG